AUGUGUUUACAGACAACAUUUUAUUUUUUUUCACCACGUAAGUUACUUGUCACUGAUUUUAUUCAAGGUAUUGUUUUAUGCUAUUUCUCUUGUAUUGAAUGUGUGAAAAUUUCUUCAUGUGCAAAAUGGAAUAGAACAGGAGUUACUAUCGCUGGAACUGGAAUUGCGGGAAGUUCUGCUGAACAACUUCAUGAUCCUACAGGUAUUUUUAUUCAUAAAAAAACGAAUAUAUUAUAUGUGGCUGAUUAUGGAAAUAAGCGCAUUCAAACGUUUGAUCUUAAUAAGUUAUCGACUACUGGAAAUACUGUUGCAUCUUUAACAUCAAAUCCUCACAAGGUAUUUGUUGAUGAUGAUUCUAAUGGUCCAACUAUUUAUAUUUCUCUUCCUCUGAGUGAUCAUAUUGAAAAAUGGGUCUAUGGAGCAACAAGUGGUGUUCCUAUUGGUGAUGCUUGUUUCUCAUGUUUAGGUAUUUGGGUUGAUAAAGAGAAAAAUCUUUAUACAGCAGAAUCAUCAAGAUUUCGUGUUCGUAAAUGGUCACCUCAAACAAAUAAUAGUACAGUUGUUGCUGGACGAACAGAUUUAAAUGGAUCAACACCUGAUCGAUUUGGUUUACCUGAUGGUAUUUCUGUUGAUGAAACUAUUGGUGAUAUAUAUGUGACUGAUUACAUUAACAAUCGAGUACAAAAAUGGGCGAAAGAUUCAGAGACAGGAAUGACUGUAGCAGGAUCAGAUUUCACAUCGUUUUCUGGACCAUCUUGUGUAAUGGUUGAUGAAGAAACAAAAACAAUGUAUAUAGUUGAUCGACACAAUGCGCGUGUUCAACGAUGGUUAGCCGGAGCACCUUCAGGUGAUACUGUUGUAGGAGUGGCAGGUAGAGGCAAUUCAUCUGAUCAGUUGAAUGAACCAAGACAUGCUGAUUUUGAUAGCAAAGGAAAUCUUUAUGUGAGUGAUGCUUGGAAUCAUCGCGUUCAAAUGUAUACUUUAAUUGACAAUGAACCUUGUCGAACAUCUGCAGCGCUUUCGAUAAUGUUCAAAUCGACAAUGAUCCAAAUUCUAUUUUCAAUGGUAACCCUAAUUAUGGCCAAAGUAUUUUAA